UUUUCAGGAUGUGGGAAACAAAAUUGAACCACGACAAAAACGUCCCUUUGGUGGUCCUAUAAUAGUUGAUUUAAUUAAAACUAAACAAUCAAAUACUGCUCCUAAAGAAAACCCACAGUUCAUUAAUGUAGCUCCUGAUACAAUUUCUGCUGACUUUGUUGUAGCCAGUCAGCUUUGCAAAAGAUCAGGCUGUAAUAAUCGUAAAAAUGUCUUUAAUUCGAAAAAUUCAAGAACUUUUAGAAGUUCUUUCAAGAAAAAUGGCCCAAUCAAAUAUUUGGACGGAUCUAAAGUUUCUGGAAAAUCUGGUACUGACCUUAUUACAUUUAGCAACUCUAACACUAAAUUCAAGAAUACAAACAUUAUCUUAGCCAACCAGAUAAGUGGUUUGCUUCGGACGCAAGCUGCUGUUGAAGGUGUUAUGGGAUUUGGACUUAAAUCUCAGAUAUGGAAUCAAUUAAAAAGUUCUAGGUUAGAUCAAGUAGUUGGAAUCGCACUUCCCCUAAGGAAAUGUGAUGUUGGCUCAAUUGCACUUGGAGGAUUAGAUAAUAGAUUUAUUAAGGGAGAAUUGUAUAAUGUAUCAUUAAAUGUUUCAGAACAGACCUAUUCAAUGAAAAUUAAUGUAUUAUAUGUUGGAGGAAUCCCUAUUAAUACAACUACAUUGGAUUCAAUCUUUGACACUAGAAGUGACAAGAUUUCUCUUGGAAAGGCUUCGCGUGAAUUCUUUAAGUUAUUAAAGGCUAAAAAAUCAUCUGAUGGAUUUAGAGUGCGAAAUAUCACUGUAGUAUCAUUCGAUGUAACAUUGAAUGAUGAACAAAUAGUGUCGUAUACAUUGCCAGAGGAUGCAAUCUGUGAUAAUAAUACUCGAGCAGGAAAAGGAAAAGGUUGUAUAUCUAUUUUUGAUGAUAAACAUGGACCUAAAGGCGAAAUUAUACUUGGAAGACCGUUUCUUCAGUAUUUUUACUUUGUGAUUGAUCUAAAAAAUAAACUUAUAAAAUUUGCUGAUAGAAAGAAUACUUGCCCACCUAUAAUUCCAUCUACAAUGUCUACAGCGACUAAAAUGACUAAAACUGUCACAAUGACAAAAACGACCAAAACGGCUAAAACUGCCGAAACUGCUAAAACGGCAAAAACUGCCGAAACUGCUAAAACAGCAAAAACUGCCGAAACUGCUAAAACGGGCGAAACUGCUAAAACUGCUAGAACAGCCAAAACGGAGUAUAAAACGAAUACAAAGGCAGCAAUUACAAAACAACAAACAGAAAAACAGAAGCCAACAGAAAAACAGAAGCCAACAGAAAAACGGAAUCCGAAACCAACCAAAAACCCAAAAAAACCAAAAAAACCAAAAAAUCCAAAAAGCGAAGGAGAUAAGGGAGGAGGAGAUGGAAAAAAGGGAGGAAGAGGAAAUCGUUUUAGUCGCUUUUUUAAAACGCUUGGGAAAGGUUUUAAUGGUUUGAAAGACUUUUAUGGUUCUAUUGGUGGUGGUAUUGCUGGUUUCAUUAGUGCUGGCUUUGGUGGUCUCUUUGGUGGCCUUGGUGGUCUCUUUGGUGGCCAUCAUCACCAUCAUCACGAUAAUAACGGUGAUGAUGGCGGUGGUAUAAUUGCCCCGCCAAUCCCACCACCACCACUACCUCAAUCUAAAGCUCAAAUUCAGCCUACCACUACUCUAACUCCUCCUCCUCCACCUACCACUACUCUACCUCCUCCUCCACCUACUACUACUCUACCUCCUCCUCCUCCACUUACCACUGCUCCACCUCCCCCGCCUCCACCUCCAAAUGUUGUAGUAAUCGAUCUACGGCCGUUUCCCGUGGAACUAAUAAAACUUGACUAA